AUGCGUGUGUCGGGGCGACUUGCGGCGGUCUAUCAGUUCGUCGUUGCACGGUCUUCCUUGGAACCGUGGUUGUGGAGCGGAGCAUCUGUGAUAAAAUGGAAACUUAUGACGUUAUAGUUAAUCAACCAGUAGUCAUAGACAACGGUUCUGGGGUCAUAAAAGCAGGUUUUGCUGGAGACCAAGUACCGAAAUGCCACUUUCCAAAUUUCAUUGGACGACCAAAGCACAAGCGGGUAAUGGCAGGUGCCUUGGAGGGAGACAUCUUUGUGGGGCCAAAAGCAGAGGAACACAGAGGCCUGCUGAGCAUCCGCUACCCGAUGGAACACGGCAUUGUCACAGAUUGGAAUGACAUGGAGCGGAUAUGGCAGUACAUCUAUUCCAAAGAGCAGCUUCAAACCUUUGCGGAAGAGCACCCCGUCCUGCUCACCGAGGCUCCCAUCAACCCGCUGCGGAACCGGGAGCGGUCUGCUGAAAUUUUUUUCGAGACCUUUAAUGUGCCCGCUUUGUUUGUGUCCAUGCAAGCCGUCCUCAGUCUGUAUGCCACGGGCCGGACGACGGGCGUGGUACUGGACUCCGGGGAUGGCGUGACGCACGCAGUGCCCAUCUACGAGGGCUUUGCCAUCCCGCACAGCAUCAUGCGGGUGGAUGUGGCGGGCCGGGACGUGACGUCGUAUCUGCGGCACCUGCUGCGCAAGGAGGGCACCAACUUCCACACGACGGCAGAGUUUGAGAUUGUCAAGACGGUGAAGGAGAAGGCCUGCUACCUGGCCAACAACCCGCAGCGCGAGGAGACCAUGGACACGGAGAAGGCGCACUACACCCUUCCGGACGGCACCACCCUCGAGAUUGGGCCCGCCCGCUUCCGGGCCCCCGAGGUGCUCUUCCGGCCGGACCUGAUUGGCGAGGAGUUCGAGGGGCUGCACCAGGUGCUAGUGUUUGCCAUCCACAAGUGCGACAUGGACCUGCGCAGGGUUCUCUAUCAGAACAUUGUGCUGUCCGGAGGCUCGACGCUCUUCAAAGGUUUUGGCGACCGCCUUCUCUGCGAGGUCAAGAAGAUAGGACCUAAAGGGAUCAAGAUCAGGAUAUCGGCUCCGCAAGAGCGGCUCUACUCGACCUGGAUCGGCGGCUCCAUCCUCGCAUCGCUAGACACGUUCAAGCGCAUGUGGGUUUCCAAGCGAGAGUAUGAAGAGGAGGGCAUGCGAGCGCUGCACCGUAAAACCUUCUGAGGGACACUGCCACCCUUCACAGCGCUUAACUCGCACGGGACAUGUCCCGAGAGACUUCCUUUUUAUAAACAGUUUUUACUUGUUUGCUUUUACUAGCCUAUAGGUCUUCGUUCCGUAUUUAUUUCGUUGGCAUUUUUCACGAUUUGAAAGUGCCUCACAUUGAAGGCAGGUUUGGCAAAAUUGGCGAAGGGUGCAUGGGGGGGGCUCUUGCUUUAGCAUCGGGGGGCCAUUCCUUUUUUUUGGUGAACCAAUGGGUGCACUGUUGCUGCCUCAAGGCCCACCGGACAUCGAGCAGCCGACGGGAACACUGGGCUUUGCCGCAGCCGUGUGGCUAGCCUUCUCUGGGCACAUUCCAAGCAGCUCUCCGUCACAAAAUGUCCAACCUUUUGACAAUGGCAGCGCGAGUGUUCGGUGUGCUGGAAGUCUUUUUUACCGUGGUGGUUAUUUGUUUGGUAUUGAUGUCGCUGGCCCAUAAUCGGGUGGAGCCUCCUCUGUGGGCGGUGCUUGGGGAAGACUCUCAAUGGAGUGGUGGUGCUUCGAAGGAACGGCAGUCGAUGGUGAGUGGGAAACUCACUUUGGCCGCCGGCAUGCUGCAAGCCAUUGGCGGUUCGCAUGAGGCUUGAUACAAGCUCGGGCCUGAGAUUCUAUUAGUUUCCCCAAACGAAGCAAAAGGUGACAGCGUAAAGCGUGGUCUGUUUGGCACUUGCUGACCGUUUUCUGUUUAGAAGCCUAGCUAAUAGAAGUGGUCGGCAAAGCUAGGCUACCAAGCAAACCGCAUGCUCGGGGAAAGUUCAAUAUAAUCUCGGGGCCCGAGCAUGCACAAAGCUUCGUCGGAACUGCCAAGGGCUCGCAACAUGCGGCUAAAGCGACCGUUUCCCACUCAGUGUCGUCCGUCGCUUCCUCGGCGCAUCACCGCUCCGCUGAGAGCCCACGGCGGAGACUGCACCCUAUUACAGGCCAGCAACAUAAAUACCAUUUGUUUGACAGAAUGCAGCUUGGCAUGCACUGAUGUGGUUCUAUUUGUGUGGCAUGAGAUUAGGUUUUGGAUGAGAUGUGCUCUACUAUGAUGGAACUUUGUUGAUACAUUCCCAGUUUUUACAAUUUCCUGGCUUUUACAUUCAGACGUGCCAGUCCUACCGAGCUCCACUAGGAACACUUGUAUUAAUUUCCUGCUUAGUGCGUUUGCUUUGCCGGUUCAUACGUCCAAAAAGCCACCGACAUAGCACCAAAGAUACCGAUCGAUUUACACAACGGACCAAUCCAAGGACAAAUUGAUCAUGCAACGACACGUCCACGGAUCGUCCGCCUCCGAAGUGCAUUCACACGGGAGGAGACAAGCAGACGACAGCAAGGAUCGAUCAAACCAUUUCACGACCACACAGUGCUGCAAGACGCCAAUAGCAUACAGUGGCACUACCAUCUAAGUGCGAAUGCAGCGUGUCGCUACGGCUGCGGUGCUAUCGCAUUAUAACGAAAAAAAGCUUGCGUGCUGCUGUUACGAACAGAGCGAGACAGAACACCGCGAGAGGCUUGGCACAAAGUGCCAAGCUUUACUUUACUAGCUUCACUAACUGAAGGCAUAACGCAAUUAUGGUCCUGUUCAAGGGGGCUCGGUGUAAAAGCGACGGAGUCCUUUACUUGCGAAGGGGUGUUUCCCAGUGUCCUCAUCCCAGCACACUCGUGCAGAACACUUCAGUACACCACAGGCACAAAAAGGUCUUGCCCAACCUUGUUGGUGGGACGAUGAAAUGUCUGAGAACCCCUCGUCCUGUCUUUGUCUUGCCGGAUGAAAAGCUGAAUGAAUGUGAAGGAAAUAUUGUGGCGUGCUAGAUGGAAUUUUGAUGGAAGCUUCUUGACACAGACCCAAAGGAGUAUCGGAACCUGCAGUGCAUCAGUCGGGAAUGGUUAGUGUAGCUUCCUUCACACAUGGAACCGAGAAUUGCGCCACAAAACAAACCAGCCAGCGCGCAAAGCAAUUCACCAAUUUUGUAUUUUGCAUGGAAAAAAAAAAAAGAAAAAUGUUGGAAUGAAUUUUUGGCGGGGGAUUGACUUAAAAAAUGUCUAACAUUUUUUUUUCACGAGCAAUACGAACAUGGUGCACCAUUGCGAUUUUUUCCCGUAAGCUGGUCCGUUUUUCCUCAAUUCCAAAUGUGAAGGAAGUAGCAGAAACUGUUCUCAGCUGACACGCUGCAGGUUCCAAUACUCCUCCGGGCCCUUCUCAAGAAGCUUCUGUCAAAACUCGUCCAACACGCCGCUAUCUUUUCUGCACGCUCAGUACAGCCUUUCAUCCAGCAAGGCCUUUUUGUUUUGCGUGGAGACGGAGACAUUGGCAAACGCCCUUCCGAAAGUCCAGAACUCAGUUGUUCGCCUGCAAAUCAGUCGCUCAAAACACCAGGUGGAAAUUGAGCUUUUUCUCAGACUAAUGUUUACAAAUAUUUUCUGAGCCAAUUUGAGUUUGCACCUACGAAUGUUUGCGCAAAAUGAAUUGUUUCUUAACGGUUGCUCUUUGUCUUGUCUCUAGCACCCCUCGAAGGGCAUUCUUGCUCCUUACAUUUUCCCGGAUCAUGCAUUUUUUUUACCCAUUCCCCUGAAAAAUGUAUCAACAAGGUUCCAUUGUACUUGCAGUUGGAGGGGAAGUUUUGUUUCAGCUUUUCUGGUCGAUUGUUGUAUAAUACACAAAAGAGGGCAUUGAUCAAGGCCAUCUCAAAUAAACUGCCUGUAAAGCCUUGCA